AAUGUUGUCUUCUUGGUAAGAUGAUUCGUGAUUGCGACAGAGUAGAGUCCAAGGAGAAAAAAGACCCAAGGCUUGCACGUCCCUGUUAUGUAGAGAGUAAACUAUCACGCAUCAGGGGCAACUAAAACGAGUCAGUCGAGCCUCAAGACAGCAAAAUAUAAGUGAAACUUCUCGUACAGACGUAUCAGCACACAUCAGCAACGAGACUUUGGUACUCUGCUGUAGAGUGAAAGAGCGAGAGGUUGCUUUUAAACGGGGUGUGAAUGUAUCUGUGUAUGUGAGUAUGUGAGGGGCUGCUCCUCUCUCCUCUUUACACACACACACACACACACACACACACACACACAUGUGGAAAUAAAGCCCAGAUAUACAGAUACAGAAUAUAAUACAGCAUACACCAGGAGACAGAGCAGAUCAGAGUGAGCGAGAGAAAAUAGAUGAUAAAGAGUGACGAGGGAGCAAGAAGGAGUUAAAGAGUUCAGGGGGCGGUAUUUGUAUCACUGUCUCUCUCCAGUUGGGUUACUUGUCUCUGUUUGACUCACGUGGUGGUCGCUGGGUUCUCUGUUCGACGGGCAACACGGUGGUUUGGCUGAACGAGGGCGCGCGAACGGGCGGGUGUAGUCUCACUGUACUGUGUAAGCGGUGAACGUGCCGUCGAACGGAACGGCAACUCUGUUGAGCAGUACUACACGGGCGUAGGCGAGAUUCCGUCUAUGCCGAGUGGUGGCGCACCACGAAUUCCACACAGCCGAGGUAGCCCGAGUCUGCCCCGAAGUCUGGCUCGACUUGCUGACAUGGCGUCCUAGCGUUCUGGCCAACUUGUACGUCCUCGUUGACUGUAAGGCUUUGUGGACACCAACCCUACUGUACUCUGUGUGGGUUCAUCAACAAGCUUUGGAUAUAACUUAUAACAUGCCAAGAUCACAAGUGGAAAAUACGUGAUACUUUGUGCAGCCGAUGAAGAUUACAGAAGGCAAAUUACUUUGGAGUAACAGCCGCAGCAGCAGCAGCAGCAGAAGACGAGGAAGCAAUAAAGAUAGUUUAAGGCCGUGGUCAGCGCGGAAGAGCGUCAGCAACGCGCAAAUAAGAACUACAUCUGAGAUCUGAUGUUAGCGGACAUUAACGGUAACCUGGCGGAUCUGAGAAGCGAAGCGAUGACGUCGCAGAGGUUUUGUCUGCGAUGGAAUAACCAUCAGAGCAAUCUACUUUCGGUGUUUGAUCAACUGCUGCAUGACGAAGCUUUCGUUGAUGUUACCCUGGCCGUUGAGGGCCAGUUGCUCAGGGCACAUAAAAUGGUGCUGUCAGCAUGCAGUCCAUACUUUCAGGCUCUAUUCACAGGGCAUCCUGAUAAACAUCCAAUAGUUAUUCUGAAGGAUGUUCCUUACGUGGACAUGCGCAGUCUCCUGGACUUUAUGUACCGCGGUGAAGUGAGCGUUGAUCAAGAUCGGCUUACAGCCUUUCUCAGAGUAGCCGAGUCACUAAGGAUAAAGGGUUUAACCGAAGUUAAUGAGGAUAAAUGUGAUUUACCAAGCAUAACGUCUUCAUUACUUGGAAAUCAAAACACAGUACCUCCACCCCCACCAAAUUUACAUAGAAUAAACCAAAUUGGGUCUCAUCAUCAUCAUGUUACACAGAAGAGGUUCCAUCAUAUGUCAAGUCAUCCUCUGUUAGGCUCGGCACUAACUGCGCCAAAGAGAAAACGCGGACGACCACGAAAACUUAGUGGCUCAUCUGACACGCCGAUCGAGGGGCAGGAUAUGCAAUCAUGCUCAACAACGGAUCUUGUCCAAGGCUCUCCCGAGAUGAUGGAAAUGAAAAUGGGGAUCGACUUUCAGAGUGACGCUGGUGGUAACGGCAACGCUAAUAACAAUAAUAACAGUGGUAGCAAUCACUCGGCCUCAUCCGGUACACCGGGUCCUAUUACCGGAAGAAAAGACGAGCCUAUGGAAAAUGGUGAACGGGAUACACCGGAGCCAGUGACGCCUAGGAUUAAACGAGAACCAGAACCAACGCCAAGUACCUCUGCGCAGGACGCGGAGGAGUCGUCGAACGGAAGUCAUGGUGUUGGUGGGGGUGGUGGCGGCGGCGGCGGCGGCGUCGUCGGUGGUAAUAGUAGUGGUAACGGUGGUGGUCAAUCACCAGCACAUAUACGUAUCAACUUUGAGCGAUGCUUUCGUAACGAGUACAGCGCAUCGAGCUUGCAGCAGGGAAAAGCAUCUGCCGGUGGUGGGACCAACAAUGACUGCUUAUCUGGGAGUGGAGCAGCUAAUUUAGAAGAGCCCCCGAAUAAUUCAGACACCGAGUCUGAGCAUAAGGUGUCGAACAAAGAGCACCACUUGAUGAGCAGUGCCAUAUUCAAUCUGGUCAGCGGCGGUGAGUCUGAAAUUAGCCAAAGCGACUUCGAGGGAUCUUUUAAGGUUGAGAGCGAGAGAACAGAAGGAUCUGUUCGGGAUUUCUGCGUUAAAGAGGGCGACGUUUAUCGGUGUACUGUUUGCCAUCGCACUUACACCCACAUAAGCAAUUUUUGUCGCCACUAUGUAACAUCGCACAAGCCCAAUGUUAAGUACUACCCGUGUCCGGUUUGCUUCAAAGAGUUUACGCGUAAGGAUAAUAUGGUGGCUCAUGUUAAGAUUAUUCACAGUUUAAAGCCACACAUGAGCUCAGGCAGCUCCAGUAUGGGCCAACAGCGGUAGGCCAUCGCUCACUUCUUUUUUUUUUUUUUUUUUUUUUACACUAAAGCCAAAUAAGUGAAGUAAAAGUUAUUUUAAAUAAUAUGUAAUGAGUUUUAGGUACGGAGAUUUCGAUUUAAUUUUAACAAAUUAAGGAGAUUAUGCGUAUCGUGUAUUUUAAUACACACAAGCAUCUAGGUUGUUGUUGUUGUUGUUGUUGUUCUUGUUAUUGUUUACGUCAUUAAUCAUCGUCAUCGUGUUAUAUUAUUAUACAUUAUUAUAAGCAUUACCUUAUGCAGCUGCCAAUCAGAAAUAAAUAAUACAAAACACCAACAAUAUACCAACGAAAUCUCCUAGCGGCUAUUGCAGUCAGGCACCACCGCAAAUAAUAAGUAAUACGUCAAAUACAGAUUUAAAAAAAAAUAUAUAUAGAUAUAUAUAUAUAAAUAUAAUAAUAUUUAAAAUAUAGGUAGUUAUUUAGUAAACCCAAUAGUUAGGUAGAGAAUGCGAUCGUGGUUUAUAUAAAAAAAGCGGGGGGAUUGCACGAUUCUUUUAAAGUAAUCAAUCAAAUGGUGGAAAAAAAAAAUUGUUGGUUAUUUCAAAAAAUAUAAUUCGUUAUUGUUAAUUUUUUAAAAAUUUUUAAUAAUCAAAAAAAGUAAUUGAUUCUCUUAUUGAGAUUAUUUAUUAUGCCAAUACUUAUAUUACUAUAAAACUAUAUUUAUCAUUGUACCUUUUUUUAUUGUUCAUUUUUUGACGUAGUGUAAAUUUAUCAAUUAUUAAUUGAUGAGAUUGUUGAUUAGAAAAAAAAUUUUAAAAAUGAAAAAAAAAAAAUGAAAGUAGAAAUUAAACGUUGACGUGACAAUCUCCCUGUAAGCGAGGAUGAUGAUAGAAAAUAGAGUUUAAUAAAUAAUAAAAAAUAUAUAUAAAGAUGUGAUUGUUAUUUUGAUGAUAAAAAAAAAAAAAAAAAAAAAAACAAGCCAACGCGGGCAUUAAUUUACAAAAUAAACGAGCUUUACCGCUUUAAUCUCCCACGCAAUAAAAACAUGGGAGUUGCGGAUAAUAUAUACAAAAGAAUACGUUAUUACUUGCAAAGAAUUUAUAUGAAAAAUUAAAUUAAAUAAAAAAAUGGUUAAAAUAAACGCGACCACAACUUUUUUAAGUUGCGGUCUAGAUAAGUCGAUUGUAAUAAGAAAAAUAAAAAGUAAUGGUUAUUGAGAAAGUUGAAAAUGUAAAUUGGCUAAAAAAAACGUUAUCAAAAAUUUUGAAUAAUUUAAUGAAGAAAGAUUAAAAAUCCAUGUGGCUAGUUUUUACUUUACAAUACCGCGCGAAUGGACUGUUAACAAAAAAUCAAAUGUUGCAUACGAUUAAGUACCUAAGUACAUUAAUUGCACACUAUUGUGCUAUCGAACACGCAUCCCAUUACAUUAAAUAUUAAACACAUAUCCAAACAAAUAAAUAAAACUUGAGAAACAUUACACUAAAACUAACACGUAAAAAAUUGAAAAAUGUCAAAAAAAAAAAAAAAAAAAAACAAUAACAAUAACAGUAACAGUAAUAGUUAUGAGUAAAGAUUAACAUAUUGACAAGUACUCAUAAAAAAUAUAAUAAGGAAACCACGUAGACUGAGUAAAUGCAAUAUAUGUACGAGAGACACAUAUUCGACCGUUCGCCGCAUUGUUGAGCCGUUUUAUCGUCGAGCUGUCGAGUCUGAUUUUAUUAUCACUUGAUUGUUAUAUCGUAGAUUUAUUUAGUCUGAGUGGGACAGGUGGAUAAUAAUAAUAAUAAAAUGUUUUUUUGCGCAAUCAAAAUAUUAAUAAAGUAAAGUAAAAUAUAAAUAUAUAUAUUAAUGAGUAAAUAAAUAAAUAAAGUUAAUAUAAAAUGAUGGAUCAAUUUGAUUAUAUCGAGUAUAAUGAAUAAUAAUAAUAAUAAAUAAUAAAUGCAAACGUAAAAUGUAAUAAAUAACGGGAUAUGCAAUUUUUGAAAGACUGCUGCAGUGGGACGGUUUUUAACGACACCAAAUACAAGAUAGUACUGACAUUGGAUAGACUGAAGGCACCUUUUAUAGUAGUAAAACUUAAUAUUCCGUGUGCCGAGCCGGAGCCUGAAAGCCGAAGCCCAUUAUUAAAGUACAAUAUUUAUUAUUAUUUUUAUUUUAGUAAAUUUAUAAACUAUAAAUUGUAAAGUUCGAUCUCGUUCGCGGUAAAUAGUUGCCAUUAUUAUUCUAAACAUUUUUAUGUAUUUUAAAAUUAAUAAUGUAGCAAGUUUUUUAACUAAACAGAUUACUAUAAAUUUAUAAAAGUAAUUGUAUAUAAAAAACAAUACAAACGAUUAUAAUUAGUCGUGUAGAUAAAAUAUAUUCAAUAGUCCGGAUAAUUAUUGAAAGGACGUUGCCAAAUACAAACAAAAGUAGGUGAUUAAAUUUGAAUUUAUAUUGCGAUAAUAAUCAAGGAUAAUAAAUGCCUUAGAAUGUGCAAUUAUUUUGUUGUGUUUAGUAACUUGAACGUUAAAUUAAACAUUUAAAUUUGUUAAAAAAUUAUACACAUAUAUUGUUAGAGUAAUUUAUUACACAUUUUUGUCUCAAUAUAUAAAUAUAUAGUAUUUAAAUAAUAAAAGUAAAGUAUAUCAAUCAGAAUAAUUAAUUAAUUGAAAAUUGGUAUUGCUAACGAGACUUGUACUGUGAAUUUACAGAAUUAAAAAUAAAAGUGAGAUAAAACAAUCAAAGUUUAUAAAAAAUAAUAACAAUUGUUGACCGCAAUUUGUUUUUUAAAUAGCGGUUACAAGGCUACGGCUAUCGGCGAAGGUUUAAUAGGCUUACAGUUGCAAAAAAACAGCACUAUUGUAGAUUACUAUAUUUUGCACCUUACACUUUAUAUCUCUCACCUCGAAUUCGUGUGAUAAUCGUUGUGACAAAAAAACAGCUUAAUGUUUGUUGAAAAAAAAAAAAAAAAUAAAUAAACAAAAAAAAACAACAAUUAUUAUUAUUUACACAAUAAUAAUAAUUAAUAUCUACUAAACGAUGCGACUAGAGGUGGCGAACAAGUUCAUUUAUAAAAAGUAAAAAGUUUAAUAAAAAAAAAAAAACAUUUUGACUAGUUGGGCAUAGAUUUAAAACGACUAGAGGCUAUACUAUUAUUUUUAUUAUUAAAUAAUGAUGAUGAUGAUGAUGAUAAUAAUAAUAAACAAAAAUGAUUAAUUAUUAUUAUCAAUGACAGUUUAUUAUUAAGUACUGCUAUUAUUAUGUAAUAGUAUAUUGUUAACGAUAUAUUAUAUAUAUUUGUAGAAGGGAGAGGGUCGCGAUUUAUAAUAAUGUUAAAUAACGACCAAAUGCCUAGUUUAUCGAUACUAUUAAUAUUUAAUAAUUAAUAAUGUCAUGCAAUUUAUAAAUUAAUAAUUCAACCCAAUCAGUCGAUCGUGUGAUGAAUAUUCUAUUCUAAACUAUACGGCCAGUAUAACUUUUUUUUCUUCCAAUAUUUAUGAGCAAAAUUACGCAAUGUACAAUUGUUUAAAAAAAAUGAAAAAAAAAAAUUAAAAAAAAAAUAAAAAAAAAAAGAUACAAGACUAUUUAUGAUACAUUUUGAAAUUUUUAUAAUGGACCAAGAGAAAGUGAAUUUAGAAAUAUUAAAAAUGUAAUUGAGAUACAAAGUGUGUUCAAACGCUUGUAGACUAGAAACUGGCUUGUUAUUUAUCAUUAUUCAAUUUUUGUUUUAUGAAUUGACAAUUGCUGAUUCGGUUAUGAUUAUUAUUAUAAAUAAUUAACAAAGUGGGUUAAAAUAAUUAGUCUUAAGGAGGCUACGCGGUCCGUUCUCCCGUAAUAUAUAGCGGCAACUGUUUAUUUUGUUUGUUUUAUUUUGAUUUAUUAAUAUUAUAAAUAAUGACUAAUUGAUUUUAUUAUAUAUAACUUUUUUUUUUUUUUUUUUUUUAUAAUUAAAUACAUUUAAUUAAUUUUUAUUACUUUUAUUUGGUUUUUCGUGUCAUUGGGCGCGCUUAUAUUACUAUUGUAAUAAUAUAUAUUGUUAUAUAUCUAAAUUAAAAAUAUACUAUUAUAAAAUAUCGAUGUGACAGCGGCGGCUAAACAGCUUAUCGUCUUUAUAGACAAAUCACGCGAAACAAGUUUAAACUUGUUAGAAAAAAAUAAUAAUAAACAAAAACAAAAGUUAUGAAUUAUGAAUAAAUAAAUAUAAAGAGCUAAAUAAUUAUAGACAAAGAAUAUUAACUAAAAGCAAAACGGAAAAUAAAACAACAAACAUACAUAUGUACACACAUUUCAUAUGAUAAUCACUGAGAGACUAAGACUAACUCAAUUUUUAGACAGAGAAACGAAAUGAAAUGAUGAAUAGAAUGGAUGAAUCAUUAACAGUUAAUAAUUAAUUCAAUAUUAAUAUGAGGCAUUUUGAAAAAUAUAUAUUACAAUAAUUAGUAUCAGAAUUUAAACGAGUGAUUUUUUUUUUUUUAAUUAACAUACUAAAUUCAGUUUCGGUUUUUGUUUUUUUAUGAUUUAGACUAGAACUGUCCGAUUUAUUAGAGUGUAAGAAAUUGGUAAAAUACAUAUAUUAAAUUUUAAAUAUAUAAAUUUAAAAAAUCAUAUAUAUAUAUUUAGAUAUGACUCUAAAAGCGUCGUGUCGGUGGUGAAAUUUUAA